AUGGUACUGCAGCACCUCGAUCUCCUGCGACGAAAGCGCAUUGUGCUCGCCUCUGCUUCGCCGCGACGACGGGAAAUACUUGAAAAGGUUGGCCUGCACCACCUCGAAGUGUGUGUGUCGGGCUUUGCGGAGAACCUCCCCAAGGCCAACUUCACCUGCGGCGGGGACUACGCGCUGCGCACCGCCCGGCACAAGGCAGAGGACGUCGUGCGUCAACUGCAGCAGCCACAGCAAGCCGUCGAAGUAACGGACGAAAAGAGAAAUGGCUUUGACCCCCCGCCGCCGUUCGACAUCCUCAUCGCGGCGGAUACGGUGGUCACCAUGCCGGCACCUGAUGGCGGAGUUGUGAUCAUUGAAAAGCCUGCCACUUCGGAGGAGGCGGCGGCGAUGCUGCGUCGCUUCGCGGGCACACAACACGACGUGUGGAGCGGUGUCGUGUUGGUGGUGCGUGACGAGUCGAGCAGUGGCAGCGGCGGUGGUGGUGGUGGUGGUGGGCUGCACUGGCGUGAGGUGAAGGUGCGCACGACAGUUAAAUUUGCACCGCUGGUGGAGGAGGAGAUCGCUGCAUAUGCGUCAAACCGCCGCCACUGGGAGGGGAAGGCGGGCGGCUACGGCAUUCAGGACGCCGCGGCGUGCCUCAUAACCGCGAUUGAUGGCGAUUACUACAACGUGAUGGGCCUCCCGCUGCGGGCGGUGUGCGCGGAGUUGGACCAAGUCAUACGCGACGGCGUCUGGCGGUGA